AUGGCUUCCUCGGGUCUCUCGCGACGUCGCGUAGGCGGCGGGGCAUCGUCCUCCAUGGCCGCAGAUGACGACGAGCCCGCGUACUCCAACGGCUCGCCCGCCAUGACCAGGAGCACCAGCAGCUCUGGCCCCGGUGCCAACUCGCAUGCUGGCUCUGCUUUUCAGGGAGGCAACAAAAUCGCCUUUGACCCACGAGACCUGGAGGGCGCGAACGACGAUGAAAGUCGAGUCGGGGGCAAAAUGCCGCGGUUGACUAUUAUGGAAGAGGUGCUGUUGCUUGGUAUCAAGGACAAGCAGGGCUACCUAUCAUUUUGGAACGACAAUAUCUCAUACGCGCUCCGAGGUUGCAUACUGAUCGAGCUGGCGUUGAGGCGGAGGAUUGCUCUCGUCAAGGACCCGAAUCGACGACGCGUGCCACUCCCCGAUCGCCUGAUUGAAAUCAUCGACGAUCGACAGACGGGCGAGACGAUUCUGGACGAGACGUUGAAGAUGAUGAAGGCGACAGAAGAGAAAAUGGGGAUUAACAGUUGGAUUGACCUGCUCAGCGGCGAAACAUGGAACGUGAUGAAGAUUGGGUAUCAACUCAAACAAGUACGCGAACGGCUUGCGAAGGGGCUUGUGGAUAAGGGUGUUCUUCGUACCGAGAAACGCAACUUCCUCCUCUUCGAUAUGGCUACACACCCCGUUGCAGAUAUCAGAACAAAAGAAGGCAUCAUCAACCGCACCGUUUCACUCCUCACCGCAACGACGUCCACUAUCCCGCCUACCGCGCUGGACAAGGAAGGCGUGCAAUGCCGAGCCAUGCGUGCCGUUUGCCUUGUCUGUGCUGCGUACGCCGCGAGUGUACUAGACAACGCGUUCGGCCGGCUGACCUACGAGGAGCGGGAAGCUGCUUUCCAACGCUGCGACGAUAUUCUUGCAGAGUUUUCCUGUUGGCCAUUUGGAAGUGGGGGUCCCAAUGAAGGCGCGACCGCUGCAGGAAGGCGAAGACAGGCUACUAGGAUCGCUUCGGGUGGGGCUGCGGAGGCGACUGGCAGAGAGUGCAUACUUGGUUUGAUGCAAGAGGUACGGAAGGAGCACUCCGGGGAGGAAGACGUUGGGUUUGAGUUGAUCGCUGGCGUGCUGGAGGUGCUCUCAAAAUUAGACUCGCUACUCUGA